UCUUACCAAAGCUACCACUUUGAGGCCCAACCCGGAGCCAUGGCUGAACCAGACGAUCUCUUUGUGCCUUGGGGAAUACUUGGCGUGCGGUAACCGGGAGCAACUGUUGCUGGCAAGGCUCACUCGAACUUUCUUCAAUCGCGCGGGUGUAUCCUCUCCUUGCCUUUCAACAAACUCGUGUGGCAUCUUCUUCUCCGUUUAAGGUUACAGAGUCACGCCAAGCGUAACACUUUUGCACGAUGUUUCCUCUCAGACCAAACGUGGAAACGUCUACUUUCUCGAGAGCAUUGAUUCGGGGUUCCACUCGUUCCUAUCAUCAGUGUCAUGCUGGUGCAGACCAACGCCAGCGCCUAACAGCCAUGUGGACUCCUACAGGUGGACGGACCGCAGGGGGGACAGAAAGAGCUCACGAUAAGUUGAUCAGAGCUGGACUCCUUCGCCAGUCGCAUUCAGGCAUCUUUCAUCUUCUUCCUAUGGGCUACCGCAUCCAAAGCAAACUAGAGUCUCUGAUUGACAAAUACAUGCAAAGCCUGGGCGCAUCCCGGGUUGCCUUGUCUUCCAUCACCUCCAAGAAGCUAUGGCAACAGAGCGGUCGCUACGAGAAACUAGGUUCAGAGCUUUUCAACUUCCAGGACCGCAGGGGAGCUGACUACAUGCUUGCUCCUACGCAUGAAGAAGAGGUGACUUCACUGGUGGCUCAGUCUGUCAAGUCAUACAAAGAGCUCCCACUCCGCCUAUAUCAAACGACUCGUAAAUACCGAGACGAACUUAGACCCCGCCAUGGUUUGCUGCGGACUCGAGAGUUCACCAUGAAAGAUCUAUAUACGUUUGACGUGGAUACAUCUGCUGCCAUACAGACAUACGAGCAGGUGCAAGGUGCAUAUGCAUCGUUCUUCGGUUCGCUUGGCCUUCCUGUUGUUAAAGCCAGGGCUGGGUCAGGCGACAUGGGCGGAGAUUUAAGUCACGAGUACCAUUUCACCUCCCCGAUCGGCGAAGAUCUGAUAAUGAAGUGUAACAACUGCGAGUUCGCGGUGAAUUCAGAUAUCGCCGAGCAGCCCGCAAAUGACAGCGCCAUGGAUGCUCAACAUUGCCCCAAAUGCGAGGCUGGGACCCUUGAGGUAAAGGAAGCACUCGAGGUCGGUCACACUUUUCACCUGGGUACUCGCUAUUCAGAACCUCUUGGUGCCCGUAUUGCACUCCCAACGACUUCGCAGGGAGAUUCGCAAAGUGCGGAUACAUCAGCUGCGAGGGCAUCAACCCACAUACAGAUGGGAUGCCAUGGCAUUGGAGUGUCUCGUCUGAUUGGUGCUGUCGCAGAGCACUUCGCUGACCCAGUUGGCCUACAAUGGCCUCGUGCCAUUUCGCCUUACGAGGUUGAAAUAGUCUUUGCCGACGGCCUGGAAGCGCAGGCGGUUCAGAUCUACGACGACGUCGUGCAUGGCUUGAGCCAUACCACCGACGUCCUUCUGGACGAUCGACCUGUCUCGCUCCCAUGGAAACUGAAAGAUGCCGACCUCACCGGCUACCCAAUUGUGGUCGUGCUGGGGCAAGUUUGGAAGAAAACCGGGAACAUAGAGUUGCAGUGUCGCCGGUUGGGCAUAAAAGAGACCGUCCAGCCGUCGGAUAUAUUGCAGAGAAUUUCUGAAUUACUGUGGCAGCUGUAG